CUCUCAGCAUCGCCAGUGCAGGCCAUGCGAGACGCACACUGCGUGUGGGGUGCAGACGCAGAUGCCCGGCGCCGGCCUCUUCGCGCUUGCGCGCCGGGGCGUCUUCCUCUCUGCUUGAUGAGGGAGCGAAUCAAUUUGCGGCCUCAUCACGCCCGACCAAGAUGCGGCCGUCAUUCGACGAUGAGGCGCUUGCGGCGGCCGCUCAUCAUUCAUCAGACGGGUGCGAAUGGAGCAAGCAAAGGGCUCGGCCCAUGGCAGGGAGAGGAUUUGCAGGCGCGCUUGAGCCAGGCCGCGGCGAGGACCGUUGGGAUGGCGCGCCAUGGCGUCGGCUCUGGCGCCAUGCUCGCUGCCGCAGCGCUAGCAAGGUGCGGCCAACGAGCACAGAUCUCGGUCAGAGGUGCGCCCCUUGCGCGGCCCCGUUGCAGAGAGGGCGCUCCCUGCCUCGGCUCGGCGGCCGCUGGGCCCUGCAUCCUCCUCCGCAGCGUCCUUCGCGCGGAUGUGCUCCCCACCACUCCCCUCCACCCGCUCUCCCGAACGUCGCAUCCCUCGCUCCCUGAUUCUCGCCCUUGCUCUCCACGUACUGGUCGCUCUGAGCGCCGCUGCUGCUUCCACCGUCCUUGCCGCGUGCGCCCGUCUCGCCUCUCCGUCUCCUCGCCGCGCCCUGGCGCCCCUUGCGCAUCAGCCCACCUCGGCCUCUGCACCCUUCUCAGCCUCGCGCCCUGGCGGCCCGCUGCAGCCACGUCGCCGCUCCUGGCGCUCGCAUCGUGAGUGGACCCUUGAGGCGGGCCUGCGAAUCUGUCGCGGAGCGCAGCGGGAUGGAGAAGACGCCGGGCAGUGUGGCUUGGGCUCCGGCGCCGAGGACGUGACAAGGCGUGGGUGUAGCUCCUCGGCCCUGCAUCUGCACCUCGCUGGCCGCUGCGUCUGCCUCUGCAUGCUGUGCAGCACGCAGACGCAGCGGAGCAGAGACGGCGACGCUUGCUCCGAGCUUCGGUCCGCUGGGAGGCCGGGCGUACGGCGGACGACAUGCUCCCGCGCUCGCGCUCUCUCGGGUGCGGUCGCGCAGCGUGCAGCGUGCGGGGGAUGGGGCAUGUCACGCGCUUUACGGCCGUGUCUCAUCUUCGGGUCCGUACCGCAGCCGCCACGGAGCUUGCCUCAGCAGCCAGCUGCGGACGCAGGACGCCCGCUGCCGUGCCGCUUGGGUGUGCCUCGCAGCGAAGAUGCUCGAGAUCGUCGCCCGCGAUCUCGCCGCCAGAUCUCGACGCGGCUAGCCGCAGCAGCUGCGCGAGCCGGUCUCGCGCGAGCAGCUGGCGCCGUCGACGCAUGCGAUGCCGACGGCCCUCGACGCUGGCAUGCGAAGACGGCGCCGGUGCGCUCGCUCGCGGGCGCAGUGACCGCCGAGCUAGCCUCACGUGCCUGUCGUGGGCUACGGCGAGGCUAGACGAGCAGCGCCGGCACGCGGCGCAGCAUCCGGCGUCGACAUCGCCGGUGUCAGACGUGCAGCACGCACAGGGGCGGCUUUUGGUGCACGGCCGACCAGCAGGUCUGCUGCCGGUGUCUGCUGCGCUCGCCUGCUCGAGCUGUCCGACGCACCUGCUGCUGCGACAUGCGCUGCGAGCGCCGUCGGGAGCGAGCGUGGACGCUGGUCCAAAUGUCGCGGAUGCCCCGUUUUGGGACGUCGCCGGGCGCCGUACCGCGCGUGCGAAGUGCCGUGCCGUGGCCGAGGACGCUCCGCGCACGCCGAGGUGUGGCGCUGCGGCGUGGAACAGGGGCGGCGGCGGGGCCUCAAAGCGGGCAGCGGCACGCGGGC